AAGAUAACGAUUCUUCGUUUUUGUUGCUAAUUUAUAUUUUUAUUAUUUGAUUUAAUUAGCUGUCAUUCCGGCAUCUGUCAGACGCCGCAAACGUCAAAGUUUGAGGUUAUGCAAAUAACUAUGUCAACCGUUUCCGUGUUUUGUUGUUUGCGGGGCUGUUUAGAUGGUUUUAAGUUCAACCCGAGCGUGCCGCAUCUCCCUAGGGAGAACCCCAUUCAGCUGGACACCGCGUUUAUGGGCUACGAGGUGGUCAUAGUGAAAGGGGGCCAGCGGGUGUGCGGAGCAGGAGCAGCCCUCGGUAACGCCCCCCUCGUCCAAUCCAAGUCCUACUUCGAAGUGAAAGUGCAGCAAGGGGGCUCCUGGUCGAUAGGCUUGUCGACGCGACAGACUGACUUAAGUUUAACCAAAGGAGGUAUGGAUGAGUUCUCGUGGUGUCUCUGCAGCGACCACAUCAUCCGCCACAACAAGCAAGAACUUUACAAAAUAAACAUCUCGAACGGGUCUUCUGGGGAGAUCGCGGGUAUCCAAGAGGGCGAUGUGAUAGGUGUGUCGUUCGACCACAUCCAGCUCAAAUUUUACGUAAACGGAACCGAGAUUGAUUACGGAGUGACCAACGUCAAGGGGACUGUGUAUCCGGCGCUCUACGUCGACGAUGGUGCCAUCUUAGAUAUAAUCCUAGACAAUUUUAACUAUUCCCCGCCGUCGGGUUUCGAGAAAAUCAUGCUGGAGCAGUCGCUGCUUUAAAUCGUGGUCUCAAUCACAUCACAGUAUUUUUUAUACUAUUUAUAUUUUUUUAAUUAUUUAUUUUAACGUUAAGAGGUAUAUGAACAAACAGUAAUUUAAGUGUGUAUAAAUGUAUAAACUAAGAUUGGAUGUAUAUACUAUUCCAGAGAAAUCUCCAUCCAGCAGUUAUAGUACUUGGAAUUUAUCGUAAUUAGGUUGUAAAAACGGCUCAUGCGCUUUCUCUUUGUUCGUACAAAUAACUAUACAAUAAUUUAAACACUUUUAACAUAUCAUGUAUGAUUCAAUAAAGAUUCCACCACUAAGCA